UACUGUAUGCAACAACUGGAUACGGAUACGCGCGUCUUGCAUUAAGCACAAACCAGACGACAACAUGCACCUGUAUCUGGCGCUAAUAUCGUGCCUCGUGUGCACCGCCCACUGCUGGCAGUUCGAUGGCGGAGGUGCUGCUGGGGCGGGACACAGGGCGAUGCAGCGCAGCGCCAGAAAUACGGCACGCGCUUUAGCGCGCGGUCCGCCGCCGGCUCGAGGAUCGGCCGCGCUGCUCGGCAGCCAGCAGCAGGAUGUGCUCUACGCGUGUCCACUCAACUCGAUGUGCCAGUGCGCCGGACUGCCCAACGAGACGUCCACGCUGAUUGAGAUUAAUUGUAACGAGGUGGCGCUGUACAAGUUUCCAGAGUUCAUACACAGCAGCGUGCGCUACAUCGAAAUGUCCAAUACGCAUCUGCAGAGCGUCGACGAUGAAACAUUUCAGGGACUGCGUCUGAAGACACUGAAGUUAAUCGACAAUGAGCUGCAGGACAUAUCCGAGCGCAGCUUCAGCACAAUGACGUACUCUCUGAUGACACUGGACAUCUCGGGCAACAAGAUGCAGCAGCUGCCACUGGAGGCACUGCAGAGAUUGCACUCGCUGACGCGACUCGUGGCGCAACGGAAUCACAUAACCAGCUUGGAGGGCAACUGGGAGGCACAGCACGAUACGUUGCGUUCCCUGCAUCUGUCCGGGAAUGACAUAACAGAAGUGGCGCCAGGUGGUGCUCAGGAUUUGCUUGCCAGUCCUGGCGAUAACAGUUCACAGCCGAGCAGCUUGACUGCGAUGCAGAGUAGGCUGGAUGGCAGCAAUACGUUGCAUGCAGCUAAUCCUGGCGCGGAUCGGGCGGGCGGCCGUCCCUUUGAACAGCUGCAGAAGCUGCUUUGGCUGGACUUGUCCAACAAUCGCAUAACCCAUGUGGCGGCCAACUAUUUGCCGCGCUCACUGGUGACCAUGGAUCUGUCCAGCAAUUUGUUGAGCGUCUUUCCGCAGCAGCUGUUCGAGCAGCUGCCGGAGCUGCGUAUUGUCAGUCUGCGGGACAACCUGCUGCGCAGCGUCCAGUGGAAGGAGUUGCAGUUGCGUCCGCUGCGCAUGCAUCUGGAGAAGCUAGAUCUGGGUCAGAAUUGCAUUGAGCACCUGGAAUCGGAUUACUUUCAGCAAAACUACUCGGACGUGCACAUACGUGCGCUCAACAUGGAGCAGAACUAUGUUGGGCAGCUGCCGGCGGAGGUCUUUAAGGACACGGGCAUUGUGCAUCUUGUGCUGGCCUUCAAUGCCAUCAGCCGCGUGCAUCCGGUUGCAUUUGAGGGCCUGACGGAUACGCUGGAAUACUUGGAUUUGGAACGCAAUCACCUGACCACUGUGCCGGUGGCUAUAUCCACACUGCAUCGCCUGAGAUAUUUGUAUCUCACCUCCAAUCAGAUCGAUCAGCUAACCAAUUUGCCCACAUUUACGGAGAAUCUUAAAGUCUUGAGCCUGAGCGGGAAUAACUUUACAAUGAUACCCGUUUUGGGCUUGAAGAACUACACACAGCUAUCCUAUCUGAAUAUGGGCUACAACUCCAUAGCUGAUAUACCCGAAGGCAUCUUUGCCGUGGACGGUUGGGGCGCCAACCUGCAGACUAUUCUGCUGCGGAACAAUAAGAUAACGCAUCUGCAUCUGGGCUCGUUUGCGGGCCUGGAGCAAAUACAGGAGAUUAGCCUGAGCUUUAAUGAUAUAACCAUACAUCAUCCUUUGGUCUUUGAGAAUGUUUCGCAUACGCUGAAAAUACUGGAGCUCUCGUUUGCUGUGUUCCCGGCCAGAAGCUUGGAGUCUCUGGAUCCGCUGGAUGCCCUGUUGCCGCUCUCACAGCUGAUUUGGUUGGGCCUGGACAAUAACAAUCUGAAGAGCAUAUCCAAUGAGUCGUUUGCGCAAAUGCGCGAACUGAGCUACAUCAAUCUGAGCUUCAAUCAGCUGAAAGCACUGCCGCGCGGACUCUUCCUGCCGGAUGCGCACAGCCAUCUGGUGGAGAUUGAGCUCUCCUACAAUGCCCUGGAGCGCUUGGAGCCGCAAACCUUUCACAAUCUGGGUGACUUGCAGACGCUUAAUCUGCAGUCGAAUCGUUUGCGCAGCAUUGCCCGUCAUGCCUUUCACAAUCUCGAGUUCCUACGCUAUAUAGAUCUAUCGUACAAUCGCUUGAGCAACAUAUCCCAUGCCGCUUUUACCGUGCUGCCCAAUCUGGCUGCACUGGAUCUCAUGCAUAAUCAGCUGUGUGCCAUAUCCUUGAAGUCCUUUCACUACGUCUCAAAUGCUACAACUCCGCUGCGCCUCAAUCUAAGCCACAAUCACAUCUCGAGCUUCGAUGAUGAACUGAGCAGCUAUAUGUAUAUAUAUCAGCUGGACAUCAGUCACAAUCAUGUGGCCAAGUCGGAUAGUUUUACCAAUCUGGCCAAUACGCUGCGCUUCCUCAAUUUGGCACACAACGCUUUGGGCGCUCUGCAAAGUCACGCGUUUGGGGACUUGGAAUUCCUGGAGAUUCUGAAUCUGUCCCACAACAAUCUCAGCUCGCUGCGUCGCCGCAGCUUUCAGGGUCUGAACAGCCUGCAGGAGCUGGAUCUCAGCCACAAUCAGCUGGAUCAGCUGCAGGUGGAGCAAUUCUCGAAUCUGCGCAAGCUGCGAAUUCUGCGCAUCUGCUCAAAUCGAUUGCGCGCUUUGCCGCGCGAAGUGUUCAUGAACACGCGCCUGGAGUUUCUGGACAUAUCCGACAAUCAGCUGAGCGUUUGGCCCGUGCCGGCAUUUACGGACAUCGGCUUUACACUGAGAUCCAUUCAGAUGUCGCGCAACAAUCUGGAGUAUCUGGACGCUUCCAUGUUUGUCAACUCACAGUUCCUCUACGACAUAAGUUUGGCUCGCAAUCGCAUUACCAUACUGCCGGAUAACACCUUUAGCUUCCUUAACAAUCUAACCAAUCUGGAUCUGUCCGAGAAUCCGCUAGUUACCACCAAUUUGCGUGAGGUCUUUGUGCACACGCCCCGCGUACGCAAGCUAAUCCUUCAUCACAUGGGCCUCUAUGUGCUGCCCACACUGAAGCUGCCGCUGCUCUCCUACCUGGACGUCAGCGGCAAUUAUCUGCAGGAGUUGUCGCCGCUGAGUGGACUGCGGCAUCUGCGCUACGUCAAUAUCUCCCACAAUAAGCUCAUCAAUGCCAGCUGCGCUGUGGAGCAUUUGCCACCGUCUGUGAGGGUUCUGGACCUGGCGCACAAUCCCCUACGUCGCAUCACUCUGCACGAUCUGUUGAGCUUGCGCCAUCUGUCGGAGCUCAACCUGCUGGACGUUAAGGUGGCCAAUCCGCAGGCCUUCUCAAAGCUGCGCUCGUUACGAAAACUUCAUGCCAGCUCGCAUGCAAAUCUAGGCGAUUUGGUGGCCCGUCUGCCCGGCCUGCAAGAGCUGCGCGUACACUGCCUGGAGCCCAAUAUUGGGGGUCAACUGCUGGCCAAGCUGGCCAACAAUACAAAGCUACAGCUGUUGGAGCUGUACGGCAGCAAUGUGCAGACCAUAUCACCCGCUGUCUUCACUGGACUCUCGCGCAAUCAGCGGCUGAAGGUGAAGAUCUCCCAUACGCGCAUCUCGGAUCUGCCGCCAGGAAUUUUCUAUACACUGCGCGAGGUGCCCCACCUAUCCAUUGAUAUCUCGCAUAAUCGCAUCAAUGCAUUGGCCGCCGACAGUUUUUAUCCCAAUAAGAGCUACUGGGAUGCGGUGGGCACGCGCAGCAUUAUGGGCGGCCUCAUAACCUCGCACAAUCCGCUCGAAUGCGAGUGCGGUCUGGUCUGGUUCGGACAUUGGCUGCGUCGCUGGCUGCGCGAAUCGGCGCAGAUCAAGGUCAUACAAAAGGAUGACCUCAAGCGUAUGGUGCAGCGUGCGCGAGCCAACACCUGCCACGAUACCGCAUCGGGGCGCCAUUUGCCCAUACUGGAGAUUUUUCCCGAGGAUCUGCUGUGCCAGGCCAGCGCCUUGAGCAGCUCCGGUCAGCGCAUCUUUCUGUUAUCCUUUGCGGCUGCGUUAACGCUUCCACUGUUCACCAUAUCCCUUUGAUGUUGGCUCUAG